GGGUGUGUGUGCAGAGCUUCAUCUAGGUGGUGUGUGAGCAAUACUUCCCAACAGACGGGACUUCUUUCAUAAAGUAAGUUCUGAUUUUUAUUUCUCUGGCAUGCAGAACAUCUCAUGGUACUGUAGCAUCUUGGUGGCUACCUCUAGGAACAGUGCUCUGAAGUUAAUUGCUAACCAGCAGGGGGAACACACAGCACUCUCUGAAGUCUGUCUUCAUACCACAGCUGCAGUUUGUUAAAACUUUGGGCCUAUGCCUUUGAUAGUAUUUCUUUAAAAGAUGAAUAUCAAUUUACUUGGAAAAAAAUAAACGUUAGAAUAAAUGCAUGAUUUUUGUGUGCAUGCCUAUUAGUUUGCUCUGAUAGACAUCUCUCUCACUCUUCUGAGUAGAAUUUGACUGUAUUAUUGGGAACUGAACUUGGUAAAGUCUGAGAGGUUUCUUUAAGUGGAACUUUUCUUUCAAGAUGUUUGAAAUGAGUUAAGAAAAAAUUAGAAAUGAUAUUGGGUAAUCCUGCAAAGCUUUGGACAGUGAGAUAGCUAGCAUGUUUUGACAGUGGAACUGUAGCUGAGUGGCCAAAAAAUUGUAUUCUUACAGGAAACUAUUCCCAGUAUUUAUGGUUUCCAUAAGAGAAAGUAUUAUAGGUGAUCUCUUAGGCUUUAGGAAGCCACGUCUACCUUGUUUUUGAAAAGGUCAACUGAUGCUCCCCGCAUCAGGUUUGUGUUGGUGUAGCAACCAAUUACUAAUUUUUUUGCUCAAGGUAGAAGCUAUUCCCAAAGGUUAUCUUCAUGACGCACAUGGAUGCAUAUGCUUUUUAGUCUAUGAAGCCUGAUACAACCAAAUGGCAAGUAUUUAAGGUAUGCAUUUAUAGAUUGCUGAAUGCUAAGGGUGGUAACUUGGAGCAAGUUGCUAUUUCUUGGUGGAAGCCAAAGAGCACCCCUUGCCCUGCAGCAAAUGUGAGCUGCCUCGCUGCUCGCACUGUGGGAUUAAGCUGUCUUUGACUGAGGGUAGGGCAACAACGUGCCUGGAAGCAUCUGCCACGGAGUAGAAGGUUUGCGCCAAGACCUUGGUAACUGGCAAUGAUUGCAUAUUCUCAUAGCCUUAAGCCUUAAAGUAAAUGCAGACAAAAUACAGAUUCAUUAGAAUGAAUGGUCCCAAGUCACCUUUAUAGAAAGAGAUGAGUUCCCCUGGGGAUGUGCUUACCUGGUUGUGGAAUGGCACUGACUGAAUACUGAGGCAUUCAUGGUUAUUUUCCUCCCCAGUGUUUUAGCCACCAAGUAUAUAGGUAUUCUAGUGGCCCUGUUUUCUUCUCUAAGAGCAGUAUCCUGUAUUGCCAGAUACUGAAGUUCUGCAUUAAGUUUGAUUGGUGAUCUGCAUCUCUCAUUAUUUUUGCUCUGAUUAUAAUUAAUAGAGAAUCACAAAAACUUUCUCUCCUGUGCAGUUCUAUGAGAUGCUGAAAUAUGUAAAGGUCACUGUGUUCUUUCUGCUUUCACGUUACUUAAAGAUAGCACUAAAGCUUUGCCGAAUUUAAAUUAUGGUGCUUUUGUCUGAUAUCUACAAUAAUAUUCUGUUAACAUUUAAGAUAGGUGUUACUAAGUCGUAGGUGAUUGAUAUCAGCAAAUAUUCUGUGGGAUACAGAUUGCAAAUAUCUUUGCAGUCACGUUACUUUCCGUCUAAUUCCACAAAAUAUUUGUGUAUUAUAAAUAAGCAGUACUUCUAGAGCAGCAAUAUUUGUGGUGAUGAACAGCGGUAUGUGAGUUUCUAGCCAUUUCAUGAAUAGAAGCAUGUUUUGCCAUAGAAAUGUACUAGCAGAGAAGUAAUGCAAUUGGAACUGCUCUGUCCAUAACUGCAGAUUCUCAUUUUCAUGAGCUGGCAGUCAUCCAGUAGAGCAGCUUUUCUUGUGCUGGGACAGCAAUGAUUAACUCUACGAUAGCCAAAGUGAAACAGAUUUACACAAAUUUGGGAAAUCAUUGAAAGAGGGACUUCAGAACUGCCGCUUAGUCAGGAUAUAUCUCAUCUCUUUCUAUUUCCUUCCUGUCAAAGUAGAUUUCUGAGAACGCAUCCUUUGAGCUUAAAUACCCAAAUGGUCGGCUUUCUCCAGUUCAGCAGACAAAGUUUGGUAUUUUGUUGUAUUGUUGAAUAUGUACAGCCUUCAAGAAACUGUCUGGCAAAAUAUACUAUUUUAUGAUGUAUUUGUGGUGAAAUAAUGAAUCUAUUGAGGGAAAAUGUGAAAGCUGUUCAUUCGUAUUCGUUCUUUAAAUAGUUCCUCAACUUGAGUUAUAGCUGUUGGUUGUUAACAGCUUGAAUUGUGCUAUAUUUAACACUUCUUUUUAGUAGUUUCUCUAAUGUUGAUAGAGUAGUUGACCAAUUUCAGAUUUAUUUAUUAUGCUGUUGCAGACUAUUGCAAAAUUGUGAGAGGUCAGCUGGAAAGGUCCACUGUUUCAAAUAAGCUUAGUUAUGACCUUGCAAGAGACCUGUUUAUGUUCUCGGAGAAUAGCUUAUCUGUAGGUCACAGGUUUGAAAUGGGUUAAUUAUACACCUGAAUGUAUGAACUGCUCUGCAUGGAAGGGACUGUAAUAUAGAAGGUGAUUGGAGUGGGGGAGAAUUCACUUAUGCUCUGAUUUUCUUUCUAAGCGUAGGCAUUUCAGUUGGAAAUCGCUGUAGUUUUGUUGUUCAAGUCAGGAUGGUAAAAAUAAAUAACAAAAGAAUCUCGGACUGUCAAGGGAACCAACUGUACAGUGUAGAUCUGCUGGAAAUGUUUUUCUUUGCCAAGAAGCUGGAGGUGGACUGAAGAACUGUAUGUCCUUUCUUGUCUUAGAUUCAUGGAAGUAAUUCAUUAGGCUAUAGCUGCAUGUGACAAUGCGACUGAGAACGGUGGUAGUCUCAUAUCAGCGAAGCUGUACUUGUUUUCUUAGGUUCUGACAGUGAUUUGAGUGAAGCAAAAUAGCAUUCUGAUCGACAAAACAGCUGUUGCAGGAUUUGAAAAGCAUGACUUUUUCUCAUACAAAGGCUGUUGAGUUAGUGGACCAAGUCACUCCUCUUGUAUAUGCAGCUUGUGCUACGCAGUGGAGGAGCUUCCCCUCCUCUCUUUAAAAUGACCUGUUCUUUUGAGGUCUUUUGGGCUGGGGAUUUGGUUCACUCUGGAGAUGAGGUGCUGUGAUUUUCUUCUUGCAUACACGGUGUGCAAGUGAUUUAUUUAUAUGAAUUUAGGAAUUUCUUGUGGCCUUCCAAAUCCCAAACCUUUUUGCAGUCCCUGUGUGUAAAUGUAAUAAAUAACAAAAGGCAGGGAAUUCUGCGUGGUCAAAUUACGUAGGAGUAUGUGUGCAUUCUCAGUGGAAUAUGCCAGUGAUAGGGAUCCUUGCUGAAACAAAUCCUCCUUGCAGCACUCAUAAAUGAUAGUUUUUAUGGAAAAAGAUUUUGCCUCAGCCUGAAUGCGUUUCUCUGCCAAACAAAUUAAAUUACACGUCUUUGGCAGACAAUUAGUGAGAGGUUGGGUUACUCCUACAUAAAGGGAAGCUCCUUUUGACUCAUUCUUUUAACUGUGUAGAACUUUGUGGUCUUCCCUGUUUGUGUGGGAGAACUUUCCUAUCUUACAGACAUGCAUCUGCAAAUCUAAUGGCUGCUGGUUAGCUUCUGACAAAUGUGUGUAGCUUCUGUUGUUGUAUAGCAGCCUGAAGAAACGCACUAUUAAUUUACCCGCUUUCUAAUGUGCACCUCGUUUUAGAGAGCAAAUUUCAAAACACGCUUAUCUUGAUUUAUUGCUUUCCCUUCAAAAGGUGGUUUUGAUGAUGAAUGUGGUUAGUUUCAACAUACCCAGUAGUUAAUAUUUUAAGCUCUUCAUUUACAUCUCGUUGCAUCGUAUGACCAUGGCAGAGGGGAAGGCUGAUUUGUGUCACCUCAUCCCACUGCUCUGCAUUGUUUUUCAGCAUUUUUCAGUUUGAUGGUUACCUUUCUUUCCCCUAAGAAAGGCCUGCAUCCUUAUUUAGAAAAUUCAUGCUUAUUGCCGUAGUCAUGUUCUUUGCUGUCAUCCCUUGUGAUCUUCUCACAAUUAACCCAGAUAACUUCUUAUAUCUUAAUGUAUUUAAUGUAAUUUAAUGUAGGCCACCAUUUGAAAACCACUUGUCUAAAUGUACAGAGGUAAUUUCAAGAUUUAAAAUCGAGCAGAGAUUGAUUUAGCUGUGGUGCUGGUAGGGAGGUUGCAUCUAGCACUAGUUCUAGAUGCAGUUCUAAAGUUUUGCAGAUUAGUCUCGAAAAAAUAACUGCAUCAGGCCUUCCUCGAGACACUCAGUUGCUGAAAUCUCUUACCCUUAGCAGAAGAAACCGUGCUAUGUUGAUAACUUUCUGACCUGCUGUGUUUCCUUUCUGUGGCAUGGCUGCAGUGAGAUGCUUCCCUAGGGGCAUGUUGGCCUGGAUAGGUGCAUUAGAGCUGUUAACUUUUUAGUUUAGGUGUGCAAUUAGAAACUGAGCCAAAUAAAACUUAAGAUUAAUGAAAUUUGUGUGAGGUUGUUGGCUGCUACCGCAUUUGUGAAGAGUAAGAUAGUCCUGUGCCAGGAAACCCAUUCUGUUUCAAAUUAGAAACAAUUAAAAAAAAAAAAAGAAAAGUAAUUAGGCCAAAGAAAUUUAACCAUGAGAAGUGAAAAUUGCAGAGAUUUGCUCCGUGCAGUUCAUGAUCUUCUUCUUCAUCCUGAAGACUUCUAUACAGCAGUGGCAGCAAUGUUUUUGUUUCAGAGUAUAAUUUCCAGAAGCAACAAACUCCAUUUGAGAAACAGAAGUCCGACUGCUGUUAGUGGCAGUGAGAUGCUGCUGGUUUCGUUCCUAGGAAUCUGAGUUGUAUUCAGCAAUUAAAAUCAGCUGGUUAAGAAAGUGUUGGGAAGCUGAAGCGAAAAUUAGUUAUGAAAUUAUACUGUGAAUAGCCACCAUUAUCCAAACUGGAGCCACCUGGCAGCAGUGGGCAAGAUGUGUACCAGGUAACGAAGUCAACUUAAGUAACGUGUUGCUAAAAGCUGAAAUAUGUUUCACAUGUUUUAUGGACUGAUUUGUGUAUAUUUUGUGGCUUCCUGUAGUUUAGCAAGAUACAUUGUAAUACGUUAAUGUGAAGAUAAAUAAAUGAAAUGUUAAAACAAAAGUCACUCAGAAUAGAGGGGCACAAUUGCUAAAUGGCAUAAAAUAUCUUCCCUUGGCACUUGUCCAGUUCCCAUAGCCUUUAACAGUGACUUGUUGAAAUGUCCCAUUACAAGCACAGCAGCAUGUGAACUGCAGGACAUCAGAGUUACUUUUUCCCCGGGCUUCUGAUAUGUCAGGAUUUUUGGUUUUAUUACUAUUCAUGUAUUCCCUGAAAAUGAAACCACUUUGAUGUUUCUAAACCAGAAUCUAUCCCCUUAAUAGUUUAUGAGUGAGUUACUGUUUUCAGUUCUCAAUGGUGGAACUUUAUGUAUAUACUUUGGACAGAGGCAUUAAAAAUACAUAGAAACUUUCAAUCCCACAUUAAUAUUUGCUAACCCUAUUAGUCAGCUUUCCAACCUGUGCAUGUACAAAUCACACAGAAUUGACAGAGGAUAAAUGUCAUCUAAUAAAAAAGGAAUCUGCUAGAAUGCAUAUUUAAUAGGAAUGGAGUUAUAAAUAAACUCUUCCAAAACUGCUCUAUCCCCAAGUUUAUAGAGCUGCUCGUGUAGUUAAUCAUCUGUGAAAUUUUUGUUGAGCAUAGGCGUGCUUGAUCACAAAUGAUUGCCUUUUAUUACUUAUGCAUGGAAUGUAUGUAUUUCUUGCACUCACGUGGUAAGCCAGCAUGGGCAAGUGGGAGAAAAACUGGUUAAAUAAAAGAAAUGGUUGCCAUGCGUAAAACAAACAAACAAAAAGUGAAAAAGCUUUGGCUGUGAAGGCCUUCUUGGAUAGCCUAGGGACUUGGGUUUGCGUUGCUAUAGCGAAACAACACAAAGGGACAGAUCCUGCUGGCUUCACUCGAGCAUCCCCAUUCACUUUGGUGGGACUUCUGACGUGGUUUAAAGAAAGAUUUCUGGUUUUCUUUGGCGCAGAAUCAUUUGUAGAGAGCUGUGUCACCUCUGGCACUGUGCAUAGAAAGAAGACAGAAAUAGAAGAGCCCAUGUGGAUAAGGAGGAGAGGAAGUGGAAGUUAUUCUUCAAGCAGUAAAGGAAAAGAUUAGACAAGGAGGAUGAUAGAGCUAAGGCAAGGGAAGAACUAUGGGGAAGGCAAUUAGAAGCCUGGAAGAUCUGAUUUCAAAGCACACCACAAUUUUCAAAGGAAGUAAAUCUACAUGAAGAGCUACAGAAAGAACUGAUUUAAGAAGACGGUGCUUGCAAAAAUGUCUUCAAGUUGUGUGACUCCAGUGUUUGCUUUGAUGAUUCUGUGUUUUGCAGAUGCAGGUCCUGUGCCAAGGAGUGAGUGUGUGCUAUCUCCUGUUAACAGUUCACACCCAGUCCAUGCCCUGUUGGAGAGUUUCACAGUCUUAUCUGGCUGUGCAAGCCGAGGCACAACAGGCCUACCACAAGAGGUGCAUGUCCUCAAUCUCAGAAAUCCCGAUGAAGGUCUUGACCAUCAUGAAAGAGAGGUCACAUUACACUUGACUCCAAUUUCAUCAGUGCAUAUUCACCAGAAGCCUCUGGUGUUUCUUCUCAACUCGCCUUUGCCCCUGGUCUGGAAGCUAAAAACAGAAAGACUGGCACCUGGAAUCCGGAGAGUUUUCUUUGUGUCUUCAGGUUCCAUUGUUUGGUUCGAGAAGGGAAAUUUCUCUUUGUCAGCAGAAACGGAAGAAAAGAAUUUUCCUGAGAGAAAUGAACAUCUGUUACAGUGGGCCCAAAAGGAAUAUGGAGCAGUAACGUCUUUCACCGAACUCAAAAUAUCAAGAAACAUCUAUAUUAAAGUAGGAGAAGAUCAAGUUUUUCCUCCCACGUGCAACAUAGAAAAGAAUUUUCUCUCUUUAAAUUACCUUGCGGGAUACCUACAACCAAAAAGAGCGGAGGGGUGCCUAAUGUCUAACUUGGUCCAAGAAAGGGAAGUUCACAUAAUUGAGCUAAUCACUCCAAAUUCCAAUCCGUACAGUGCUUUCCAGGUGGAUAUAAUCGUUGACAUUAAACCAUCUCAACCUGGCGCCAAGCUUGAACGAAAUGUCGUACUUAUCCUCAAGUGUAAAAAAUCGGUCAACUGGGUUAUCAAGUCGCAUGAUGUCCAAGGAAAGCUGGAAGUGAUUACAUCAAAUAGUAUUGGUUUUGGAAAGGAAACAGAACGAUCCAUGACUAUGAGUAAAUCAGUAAUACCUGAUAUUCCUUCAUCACAUGAGAGUUUGAUCAAGUGGGCAUAUGAGCAUAAAUAUAGUCCAGUUACUUCCUAUACAAAAGCCCCCGUAGCUAACAGAUUUCAUCUGCAACUUGAACAUACAGAAGAGAUGAAUGAUGAAGAAGACCAUUCUCUUCCUCCAGAGCUUACAGAAUUGCUGCAUGGCGCAAAGAAUCCUGCAUUAAGUGAUGGCCUGACUUUUCCUUUUCACAUUAAUAGAGGAGGACAUGAAACAGGGGGAGAAGGAAUUUUCCCAUCCAGGGAUUCAGUGGACACAUUAAUUAAUCAUGACUUUGAGCAUUCCCUCUCAAAACACAAAGAACCUGAAGAAGUUCAAGGCAGUGCUGAUGUAGCCCUGUCAAUAAAGUGUGAUGACAAAGUCAUGACAGUGGCUGUAGAAAAAGACUCUCUGCAGGCAAGCGGCUAUACAAGAACUGAACUCUCAUUGCUGGAUCACUCUUGCAAAGCCAGGAUGAAUGGUACCCAUUUCAUUCUGGAGUCUUUGCCGAACAAAUGUGGGACUCGGACAUCAUAUAUCUUGGACAAGAUUGUUUAUUUUAACUCUAUUGUCAUACAGCUGUCAUCACCAGCUGAAGGCAGCAGCUUUGAUGAUGAUGACAUGGAAUCAGGUGAUAAUGGAUUUCCAGGGGAUGCUGACGAGGGAGAUGUUACUUUCUCAAACUGGCCUGAAAUAGCGUUUAAUUGCACACUGCACCAGCCAGAGAAGGACUUUUUUAAUCCUGCCAUGUUCUGGCCUCCUGAGCCUCACAUCACCAAUGUGACCUUCAACAUGGAGCUCUACAAAACAGAUCUAUUCCUUGCUCCCUCCCAAGGACUCUUCUCGGUUGCUGAAAAUGGGCCAAUAUACGUAGAGGUGUCUGUGACUAAAGCUGACAUCUCCUUAGGCUUUGCCAUUCAAACGUGCUUUGUUUCUCCAUUUUCAAAUCCAGAUAGAAUGUCUGAUUACACCAUUAUAGAAAAUAUUUGUCCUAAAGAUGAAUCUGUUAAAUUCUACAGCACUGAGAAGUUGAACUUCCCAAUAGCACAUGCGCAGAAGGACAAAAAAAGAUUUAGCUUUGUGUUUAAACCAAUAUUCAACAUCUCACUGCUCUUUCUUCACUGUGAGUUAACUUUGUGUACAAAUAUAGACAAAGAUACACAAAGACUGCCUAAGUGUGUUCCUCCUGAUGAAGCUUGCACCUCUCUGAAUGUGGAUAUGAUCUUGGCCAUGAUGCACAACAAAAAAACCUUCACCAAGCCUCUUGUAAUAACUCAUGAAGGAAAACCAGAAGAUUCUUCUCUUCCAAAAUCAAAUGUGAGACAACCGUCUGUUUUCUAUGGCUUGGACACUCUUACCGUCGUGGGCAUUGCUUUUGCAGCAUUUGUAAUUGGAGCCCUGCUAACAGGAGCACUGUGGUUUAUCUACUCUCACACAGGGGAAGCAGCUGGAAGACGGCAGGUCCCUACAUCCCCACCAGCCUCUGAGAACAGCAGCGCAGCACACAGCAUUGGCAGCACACAGAGCACUCCUUGUUCCAGCAGCAGUGCAACCUAACUGUGGGAAGAGCAACACUGAGGAACAGCAUAGGAGUGCAGAGGUUCAAAGGACUGUGUGUUGUUCACAACAGCGUUUUAACACUCAACGUUUGGUUCCUUUAUGAAAACGUGAGGAUGGAUUGUUCUACAGAAAAAAAGACUGAUUUUCUUUUGGGGAAGCCACUAUGUGUAUGUGUGUGUACACGUGCACACAAUGCAUGGGUAAGCACAGCCUUUUGGAUCUAUAGCGUGUUAUGCUACAUGUGACAAAGCUACUAAUGUUACAGUACUGCAACCUGUUCUAGGGGUCUCUGGGCCCUAAAUGUGAAAUCUUUGCCAGUUUGGAAAAAUGCUGCUUUGUCUAUAUGACUUUUUUUCCCUAAACCGUCUCAUUGACACAAGGUAUUCAUUAAGGGAAUUCAAAAAGAUAAGCAGAACAAAAAUUAUCUUAGGUCAAAAGAUUUCUAUUUGUCUAAGCAAGAAAGCCUGAAGGUCAAAUCUCUUUGGUUAAUAACAUGUUAUUACUUCAGCUAUGUUAGCGACUUAUGACCUUUGUUUUGUUAAGCUUACAGCUACAGCAUCUCAUUCGCUUUUCUGUUGUGUUUGCAGCUUCAGGUUUGUUCCAGUUAUUUCUGUUUUAAGACACGUUGAUUUGGUAAUUGGAGAAGAGCACGCUCUAACAUUCCCUUUCCUCUUUUCCAGGCCAAAGCUCUUUCAUAAGAGAUUUUUUUAAUCUGCUAUACCAAAUACAAACACACACAAACAGUAAGAUAAAUAAUGUUCUUGUGCACUAGUAUAAAUGUGUGUGUACAUUUAAUGGCAGUGUCCUUAUACAAAUAGAUGUAUAUCUGAAUAUUUAGAUCCAAACUUGUUAUUUCAACAACUGCAAAAUUAGCUCAAUGUUCCUUCCAUAUGUAAAACAUAAAAUGCAUAUAUAUGAAACAACUGGCUCGUUGGUUCAUAAUGGGUAGAUAGAGGAGAUAAAAAAAAGGUGGUGGUUUUACUCCUUUAGCUCCCCUCAAAUUCCCUUUGAAAUAAGAGAUGAUUUUGAGAGGGCACAGAGAAUGCCCAGUAAAACCUAUUGUUUUUGUAAAAUGCCACCUAUGGAACUAAGCUAUUCUCUUAAGGUAGGAGUGCAGUUGUUUGUGCCAAACCAUUGUAUGAAGAUUGCAAUUCGAUUGUCCCAAAGUAGUGUUGAAAUGCAGAAAGCUCAAAAAGGUACUAAUUGUCUCAGUGAUUUUUUUUUUUUUAGUGAAUUGCCAUAGCUUGACCUUUGACUAGGUCAUGAGAAAAAACAAUAAGUAAUUAUUAAUAUGUGAUUCUUUGACUGUUAUGUUGCCACUUUGUAAUUUUAAUGUGUCCUACUGAUCCUUCUCCUUUAAGGAAAAAUGAGAGAUUUUUUUCCCUAAAAAUGGGAUAACUAACUUUCAUUACUUUUAGUAAAGAUUACCUGUGUUUUGCAAGAGGAGAAGGGAAUUAAUUACAUUAGAGUGAUAGUCUGCUCUGAAGUCUGAGCUGCAGAUUUCUUUUGCUGAUUCUACACUUGUGCCUUGCUGAUGCGAGGGUGGUCAAAGUGCAAGAUACGCAAUGGAUGUUAAGCGCCCAGAGUUGGGUAGAAGAAUAUUGCUCAAUUUGAACGAAAUUUGUUACUAAUCCUGCAAACGUUCAUGCCUGUGGGUAGCUACGUGCAUCAUCUUGAUAGUACAGGAACAUGCUCAGCUCUACAACUUAUUAGUAUUCUCAGAGUCAGUAGAGACAUCCAGUGCGUAGAGUUACGCAUGUGAAAAGUGUUUUAUGUUACUAGGCCAAUGAGUAGUCCUGGAAACAUCAUCAGGAAUUGUCAUGCAAGUGUAGUUGUACCCGUGCACAAGAGUAUGCAGGAUUGGUUCUGAUAAGAGGUGUCAGGAGGAUGAAGGUGCUACCUGUGUGGUCAAAAAGAAAGUGCUUUGCCUAACCUUCAGCAGAAUGUAUUGUAAAAGCAUAUUCUAUGUGUAAAGUCUUUAAAGAUGUCUUCAAAGAAGACUAGAGUCUUUAAGUUCAAUCAUAGCUAUAUUUUACUACAUUAAAUUUGUGUAUAAAGAUAUAUUUAAAUGUUUUAGAUAAAUGUAAGUUACUCUAUAUGAAAUGUUUAAUUUCAGUUACUGUGAAAUUUACAUACUCUGUAAAUUCUUUCCUUGUUUUAACCCUUUCCUUCAGAUAUUUUAUUGAGUAGUUUCUCAUAAGAAGUUUUAGAUUUGGUUGUUGGGAGGGAUGGGUUAAAAACUUCUAUGUAAAAUAGAUAACUUUAUAUUUUUGAGAGAAAUGUGCUGCAUUAACAAUGUUUUUAUAAAAAAAUACUCUAAUUUUAAAAUGAUGUAGAGAUUUAUAUUUACUGUUGGGUAAACCAAAAAUAUAUAAAGUUCAAAGAUUCAGUUUAUUGGCUUUGAUUUCAAAUAUCUUAAUUAACUGAACUUGGUGUACUUAGCUGUUUAAUUCAGAAAUUUUAAUCAAUCUGAAUUAAUUGGCUAUUGUAGAUUACCAAAAAUGCAUGUAAUUUUUUAGCAGAUGGAAGAGGCAUUUCUGCUUCAAGAGAGAGAGAACUAAAAUGGACGUUCCAAGUUAAUAGCUUUAUUACAAAAACCUAUAAUACUUUCCAGCAGCUAUUAAGUUGCCUAAGAUUCAGAGUACUGACACACCUGUAAGCUCUGCUUUUAUAACAGCCAUUCAUAUCUACUGCGAGUUUCUGUAUUUGGUGUGGCAAGCUAUCUGAAUGUGUAACUGCAAAGUCACUCAUUCCCAAGUCCAUUGAACCUGGGCUUGUCACACUGAAUUUCAUGUGGCAAAUAUCUGCCUGUUGUGGAGAGCCACCAGGACAUCUCUGUACCACCGAUGUCCCAGCAUAGGCCUUUAAAGCAGGGCUUCAGGGGGGCUGGCCGCAUGCUGGCUCAUCACAGUAGUAACUUGUAGCCUCAUCGAAUUUACUCCAAAGGAACUUCUUAUGCAAGAAUGGGAGGACUGGGUUUAAAAGGGACACCUUUUCUCUGAAAGCUAUCAGUAGCAUACUUAAACUCCAAACCAUACUGCUUGUUGUGACAUUCGCUGCCUAAUCACUAACCUGUUAGAGCCUUUGGUGUUGGACAUUACUAUACUGAUGUUUCAAGAAGUCAGAGCUUUAUGUGUUAGAAUGUUUUUGUAAUGUUUUCCACAUGGAAAUGGAUUUUCCAAAAUGUCUGUAGCUGUUGAUGAUUGUAAACUUUCCCCUGCCUUUUUCUAACCAUUUCUUGUACGUAUGUACCAUUCUUUCUGUUACGUAUAUCUACCUCACGCUUCACAAGAAGACUGUACUGUUGGUUGUGCUGACAGCCCUUCCUGUGAGGUGACUGAUCUGCCAUGUUGUUGUUCAUCAUUUUGGGGAUGUUCAUAGAGUUAACGAUAUUUUGCUGCCAUGUACCUACCAGUUCCACGCAGUAUUCUCACCUUUAAAUAAAUAAGUAUAUUUCUUUGGGAUCCAAAUGCCAGAUUUUUUUUUUUAAGUCAAAGAACAUUAGAAAUGUACUUGCUAAUACCUGUGGCCAGUCAGAACACCCCAUUUGUACUACACAAUUAUGUUCAGUAUUUCAGAGACUUGUGGAAAGUGCUUAGUUGUACAGUUUUGAUAACCACAGUUUUGUGUCAUCUUAGUCUCUUGUGCACAAUAAAGUAUAUAUCAAUUUA